CCUAGAACCAAACUUCUCCACCUUCAUAUAAAUUGGCUCUCAUAAAAGUUGAGCAUCUUCUUCCCUGAAGCCGAAAACUAGGGUUUUCUCGCACACAAUCCGCCCCAAUGACAAAGGGAACGGGAAGUUUCGGAAAGAGGAGGAACAAGAGUCACACUCUCUGUGUGAGAUGUGGUCGUCGUAGCUUCCACAUCCAGAAGAGUCGCUGCUCGGCUUGUGCUUACCCUGCCGCUCGCAAGAGGACUUACAACUGGAGUGAGAAGGCCAUCAGAAGAAAGACUACUGGUACUGGUCGGAUGAGAUAUCUCCGAAAUGUUCCCCGACGGUUCAAGACUGGUUUCAGAGAAGGUACUGAAGCGAAGCCAAGGAACAAGUCUGCAGCUUCAUCAGCCUAAAAGAGCCAUUUGGACUAAUCGCAAGAAGGAAGGGAGAGAGUAAAGCUUUAUAAGCAAGCUCUUUGGUUUAUCUUAGUUCGAGAUUACUUUACUGCUACUGUUCCUGAGGAUCUCUGAUACAAUUAUGUUUUGUUGGUUUUGUUUCAUUUUUCUUUAUUCGCUUAUAAAGUUUUGAACCUGGUUGAAGUAUCACCAUCUUACAUUUGCAUUCUCGUUCACGCCUCUUAUUGCUUUUUGCUUCCUCUCUCCGAAAACUGCAUUCAUACAAGU